AUGCUCUCAGUCUACGCCCUCCAACCCUCUCAGGCUACACCCUUCAUUCCUCUCAGUCUGAACCGUCCAACCCGCUCAGUCGACACCCUCCAACCCUUUCAGUCCACACCGUCCAAGCCUCUCACUCUACACCGUCCAACCCGCUCAGUCUACAACCUCCAAUCUUCCCAGUCUACACCGCCCAAGCUUCUCAGUCUUCACCGCCCAACCCUCUCAGUCGACACCCUCCAACCCUCUCAGUCUACACCGUCCAACCUCUCAGUCUGCACCGUCCAACCCGCUCAGUCGACACCCUCCAACCCUUUCAGUCCACACCAUCCAAGCCUCUCACUCUACACCGUCAAACCCGCUCAGUCUACAACAUCCAACCUUCCCAGUCUACACCGCCCAAGCCUCUCAGUCUUCACCGCCCAACCCUCUCAGUCGACACCCUCCAACCCUCUCAGUCUACACCGUCCAACCUCUCAGUCUGCACCGUCCAACCCGCUCAGUCGACACCCUCCAACGCUCUCAGUCUACACCAUCCAAGCCUCUAAGCCUACACUGUCAAACCCUUUCAGUCUACACCCUUCAUCCCGCUCAAUCUACUACGUCCAACACUUUCCGUCUACGCCCUCCAACCCUCUCCUUCUACGCCGUCCAGCCCUCUCAGUCUACAUCGUCCAACCCUCUCAGCCUAAACCCUCCAACCCUCUCAGCCUACACCGUCCAACCUCGCAAUCUACACCGUCCACUCCACUCAGUCUACAACCUCCAACCCUCCCAGUCUACACCGUCCAAGCCUCUUAG